CGACUCGGGAAGCCCAUCGAGGAUAUCACAAGCAUAUGAAACUUAGUUAAGAACAAACUGACAGAUACAUCAGACCACUACAGUUUAUUUCUUCUCUUAUUUCAUUAUAACUGCUAACAAACUAAUGGUUGUUCCUUUAUUUCUUCACUUUAAUUACAGAUUGAUCUUGUUGCGCUCUGGAACUUGAAUUAAAUAAACUAAAGAUCUGAAACGAUAGGGCAAGGAGUACUUAGUCACUUACGUGUUGCAGAAGCAACUUACGUGUGACUGUACGAACGGGUUAACGACCGUGCCAUCCCCGUAUAAUUUAAGCUCCGUUCCUAAAAUCUUCGAUCUGUUGCCAUGGGACAUAACAACGUCGCUCGGGAAGAAGGAUCUCGAUAUUUAGAACGGCAAAGUGAAAAUUUAUAAAUAAGUGGACCUGUCUGAUCCUAUCUUCUUACAUUAAGGCCACAUAAUUUGUGGUACUAACGUGUUUGGGAUCCCCAGGCAUUGAAGGAUGUUUUAAGAUCCCUGUUUGGCUCUUUGUACCGAGGACACUACGGUGGUCCUAUAAGUUCAACCAAUUAAGGAAUGCGUGAACACGUAGCAGAUCUGCCAGCGGAGUGUUCACCAAGUGAGAGGCGUGAGAAAGAUCAAUGUUAAUUAUCUUGGCUGGUGAAGGUUUGGGAUAAUUACAGAUUGAUCUUGUUGCGCUCUGGAACUUGAAUUAAAUAAACUAAAGAUCUGAAACGAUAGGGCAAGGAGUACUUAGUCACUUACGUGUUGCAGAAGCAACUUACGUUUAAAAACCCACUAACCCACCCAUAAUGCCUGGAAGGUCGGCGCGCGUCCAAGCCUUGGUUGCUGACCGGCAGACGACUGCGCAUGCCUUUACACCUUUUUCAGAACAAUUGCGAGAGGCUUCAGGAACGUCCAAAAAAGUGACUAGUAGUGGCCCCUCGCUCGGUGACCCCCCUUUCCGAGCCUUUGCACUUGGAGGGCUGGACACUAGUCAUAAGAGAGCCGUUGCUGAGAGUCUUGGACUUAGCGCCGACUUUAAACUUAGCGAUCAAGUACUAGAAAAAUUCCAUCACGGAAGAGACGCAGAUACGAGCAAGAAGCAGCCUUGUUCUCCACCCGCUUCUCUUCCUCUUGCAGCCGAAGAACUUGAACUAUCAGCAAUAGCACCUCCCCCGGUGAUUGCUGACCAAGAUUUACACAGAAGAUCAAUGGAAGCAAUGGCGGCCAUCCUAAAUAAAGACGAGAAGGAGGCAGUUGAAGCAGAGCAAAAUGGUGGUGAGACGAGUAGUCAUAGUGGCUCAUCAAAGCUAGACGUGGUUAAUCCAAACGGCCAUGGACGCCAUUUCUCUCGCGGGAUUGUCCACAAGCCAGGAGGCGCUUUUGCUUCCACAGCCAGACGAACUGGCCCAGGGGAACUAUUAGACUGGAAGAGUGCGUUGGACACGAUCCGAGUAGAUGUUGAAAGUCACCCGCAUAGGCUCCCGGAAACCAUUCCACCUAUGACGUCCAUAGUGAGCUCGCCGAUAAGAUAUGUAGACGAUCUGACCAACGAAAUAGCGGAGUUCGACUUGCAGUCCCGGUUAUCAGCUACCACGAUCAGAGCUUACAAGUCCGGGUACAAGAAGUAUGUGGAACUUAUGCUGAUACUAGGUCGAGACCCGCACCCGAGAUACAUGGAAGUGAAAGGAGUCCAACUUCUAGCCCAAGCCUUCCAGAAAUGUAAAGACUUCCGACGUUCCAAAGCCCAGAAUAUGGAGUAUGUCAAGUGCUUCGCUGACCUGAUUAAGACCGUUACCGGCCCGGUAAGGAAAUCCUUUUUGCAGAUUGCUAGGAUGUUCUUGCGGUCUGCGCCUAACCAGUUCCAACAACACGGGAUUCGACUCAGGCACAUAAUGACCCUCGUGCUCCAUUUUACCAGCACCCCUUUGGCCACGAUUCAAGUUGGAUCGCAGAAAUACCAAGCGGUGUCCUUCCUGCGUUUCGCGAUCUUUUGCUGGUUCUUCAUGAUGAGACUCGAUGAGACGUCAACCUGCGAGAGGACAAAAGGAAACAAUUCGAUCAUCCUUACAGUCGAUUCGGCCAAAAAUAACCAGUUUGGUGUUAAUAAACAAGUAGUCGAAUUGGGAUGCGCGUGUGGCCAUUCCCCCUCGCUGGGGAUGGAUUUUAUACAGAUUUGUCCCAAGUGCUGCUGUCCAGAAAAAGACUUUCUCUUUUUCGCUAAUACACCACCCAGGAUCCUCCUGAAACUGAUGGAAGGUUUGCUCCAACUAGCCCAUAUUUCGAAUCCUAUAGUACAAGUGGGCGAGAACGACUACAAGAAGUCCAUCAUGUUGCACUCGCUGCGGAUUGGAGGAGCACGAUCCGCGGCAGACGGUGGCCUAACGGACUCUGAGAUUCAGCAAGUAGGUCGUUGGCAAUCUAUCGAUAGCAUGUAUAGAUACUUGGGAAAUGCCAGAGCACUACCAGAUGACGUUGGGGUGCGAUGGCCCUUGAAGAAACCAAUACUAUUUGCCCCAAAAGACUACUCCAUCGGGACAAUGACGGUUGGAGCAUCCUGCUCUCAUAGUACAGCCGAGCCGACCUCUCUCCUUCCUUCUAGUAGUGUGUACGGUGCCCAGAAAGAAGCUUGGCGUGUUCGACCUUCUCAGGCCCCCUACUGACCCCCUAUAUAACCAACAGUUGGCUUUAAUUUAUAAUUUUGCCUAUGGCUGCUGCAGGUCUCUUUCUAAUAGCCGUUUCUUUUCUUAAACUUCUUCUCUUGUAUUUUAUUUUUUUCUCUUUCACGUUUCUACGAAUCUUUGUUUACAUAUUCUUACCAACAAGAUGGACCAACAACAAGCACUGAAUGUGGGGCUGCCUCCAGGAGGAGCAGCAGCUCAGGUAGACGGUGCUGCGAUUGCAGAAGGUGCAGCAGGACCGUUAAUACCAGGCCAAGUUCUUGGAGGUGUAGCUGCACCAGAAGGGGUAGCGCAAGGAGGCUUGGUUGGAGCCCUCCCACAAGAUAUUGGUCAACCGCAACCGAUUGCAGCGGUAGCUUUUCCACCGGCCGCCCCAGCCGUAGUGAUGCAGCAAAUGAACGAUAACAUCUUGCGACAACAAGCAGUUCAAGAAAAUGAAGGUCUCGGCGUGCCGACGGAUGCGCAAGUUUUGUUAGUGGUGGAACGGUGUGCCAACCUUCGGCAUAAAUGCACACCAGCUCAAUACUUGUUUGUGCUUAGGCAGCUCCAGGCCAGAAACUACGACCGCCUUAUUAAACCUCCAGCAAAUCUGAACCUUUUCCCCCUAUCACUACUAGCUACGUUCCGGUGUACCCAGAUUAUCAACGACGCAGACACAAACGCGCUGCAAGAUACAAUGAUGAAGGCUGUGGCCGGAUCAUUUGACCCGAAAUCAGACGAACAAAAAUUGUCUUUGGAUGCUGUUUACGAGCUGUUCUAUUCGAUACUCAAGGUCAAUUUUGCACAUCCUACACCGGUAGCAGACGGCCCGAACUUCCAGCAACGUCAGCUGCAAGCCACACUAGUAGGGAACGUUUUCCCGGACCUUGUGUCCCAGAUCGCAGUCGAAAAGCGAAGGGAAAGUGUUGAAGCAGAGGCUCUGAAGAAAAUGAAAAGCGAGAUUGAUAGACUAGUCCGUGAACAGGUCAAUCAACGGACGAGAUCCUUAGAAGCAGAAAUAAGAGCACUUAAGUCGAGGAAACCCUCUCCAUCGCAAAAGGAGGAUAGACCAACGAAGAAGAAGAAGACUGAAGAUGAAAAAACCUGCCUUUCAUGGAUGGAAGGAAAAUGCAAUGGCAAGCACUGCCCCAAUAAAAACAAGCAUGGGGGAGAUCUCAAAUUAUUGGAGUAUCUCAAUAAAGCCUUCCUCCAAGGAAAGUUGAACCCCGAUCAGUUGAAGAAACUUGCUUCAAACUGACUACCAACCUUCCCCCGAGAUCAGAUAUUGAAAGUCUCAUCCUUUUCCCCCUCCCCCCCACCAUCAUAAUCGUAUCGAAGCUUGAGUUUUAUCAGUUAAAUAAAGAUCUUCUCUCGUUACCAAUAGACAUUCUUGAGAUCCCGUAUAUACACAGCCCUCUGCGCGUUACUUUGCCUUCCCUUGAAGUAAGAAGCAAAUGAUCCUCCUUUGAUGUUAUACAAUGCAACUUUUGCCCAGUUUUUGUGAAACCCCCAUAAAAUUCUUCGAGCUGUAGUAGCGACGGCGAGCUGCCUUGUCGGACUAUAGCGAGUAAUUAUGGUUCUGCUGUUCCAAGAUUGUGCGUGUCACUUGAUCCUGCAGCGUUGUGAUAGUUGAAAAGAGUGGUUUCAUUUCGGAUGACCUUGCUCGGCUCGACUCUAUCCCAAAAAGAAUCCACAAUAAACUCCACGACAGGAAAAGAAAAUAAAAGUCCUUUGUUAAUCUUACCUCAUGGUAGCGAUUACAGCCACAAAAUGAACAUAAUUGAAACCGAUAUUUCAAAUCUUCGUUUCUCCCAAAAUAAUAUAUCUAAGUUUUUCAACAAAGGACCUUAUGCGGGCCAAAGCAUCUUCACCGCGUUAAAUGAAUUCACUCAUCGUAGAGACAUAGACCUCACAAAAGACCUAAAAAUUCGAGGCUAUUUCAUCGGCGAUACACUGUUCACGGCGAACAAUCGGACAGUGGCCGCCCUGAGGAGCUUACAGAAGAAACGAGGGUGGAGAAGCCUACGCGUGAAAGUCCACAUCGUAUCUUUCGUAGGUAACGAGUGGAGGCAUACAACCACGAAUGCAGGAAAGAGCAUCGCUGUUCGUGAAGACUAACGUUCACAGCCAGUUUCACCGCUGCCGAGACCCUACUUUGAUUCCCCCUUCCCCCCUGUGCAUACCGGCUUAGCAUCAAAAUGAAUUUAUCCGAUCAAGAAGAUGAACCACCGUUGUACUACGCCCCAGUGGACGACGAAGGGCGACCGCAGUAUGACUAUGACAACCCGGACUCCUUUACUAGAUUGCAGCAAGAGAAGAUCCUGCAUGAGCUCAAACAACAACAAUGGGGGCAUUUCUUGCGACAGUCCCAUCUUGAACUACUGCGUUUACAAAGGCGUGCAUACUUAGAGAAGAAAGAGCGCGGAGAUUUUGACGGCCUUCUUGUCGAACUGCGCUUGCAAAACGACUUGGACCUGACAGCAUCAAGUAACUGCGACUUGCCUCCAGCCCUGCGCGGGCUACUCAGUCACCAAUCCGCAGCCAGGAGUAGUCAACCGGAGCUGCUGCUGCCAAUCGAAAGCCAUCAGCCGCCUACUCGUGCGAGCAAUGCAAAACGUGGAAGAGCAUCGUCUGACACCUAUCCUAGCCCGGAGGCAAGCAAGGUGGAUAUCAACAAGGUCGACUAUUCACUCUUCACGAACCCGUUUUUCAAGAAACUCAAACAACAAGCAGAAAAUGCUCGGUCAUUAGUCGCCAGUAGUUCAUCUUCAUCUAAAGCUGUACCGCAGAAAUUUACCCAAUGCAAAGCGGCCUCUUAUCAACUUUUUACAAAACCAGAAAUCCUACAAACUGUCGAAACUACGAUCGGGAGACCGACACUAGUCCAGCACGAAGACAAACCGACUUCCCCCUCAUCACUGUCUGAGGUCAGUUCACAAUUCUUCAUGUCAUCAACGGAGUCCGAACAGAAGUUGGUUCAAGAAGCAGUCGAUAGUUGGAAACCAGUGUUGGAGAAGGACGAAGCGCGCGAUUAUGGUGCCGGUCCAACACUACCGGACUACUUUACGCCCACCAUUACGAAGAGCAAGGUCUCAUUACCUGACGAGAUUAAUGCGGAGGCAACGCGUUUGGCAUCUUGGCUCAUCGCCGAAGAGCACAGCCUCAGGACAAAAAAAUCGAGAAAUCUUUAGCAAGAUGCCACCCCACCUUAAGGUCGUGUACGAUGGUAAGAACUUCGCGUUUGCUCACCGCCUGUUGGAACUGGCGGUUUCUAUUGCCAGAGGCUGCGAUGCACUGGUGGACAGAAAUGCUGACUCCAUCCUCUCUUGGAAACAUAAGAUGAUCAGUGGCAUCUCCAUGGAUAAGGAAGUAGAACCAUGUGGUUUCUGGAGGCUCCUUGACUCAGACGAGGUUGAUGCCAAACGAGCAAUUGCAGAAGAAGCAUCUAGAAGAGCAAGGAUGCCACCAGACCACAACCACUGGGCGUCCGAGACGGAGAUCGAGGUGCUUUGGGAACAAUACUUGAAAAUGAACAAGAAAGGCUUUUGGCAGCCAGCUCCAAUCUCCUCGAUCACGCCUGUUGGCGGGGCUGUUCCUUUUCCGGUGCACCAACCGACUCCGGAGAACCCGAACAAGAUCCGAACCUGUGUCGACCUGAGAGGUCAGAACAAGCUUCAAGUGGUGAAGGAACGCAUGCGAUUACUAGGUUCGCGCGCGUCUAUUGAGUUAUCGUGCGCUCUUAUGUCAGAACACACCGACUGGAAGAAACGACAUCUGCUUUUGCAGAACAAGCAAGACGUGAAAGAUGACGUCAUUACGGAAAAGGUGAUACGAGACCAACUUAUCCAAGAACAUCAGCAAUUGUUCGAUAAAUCUCAACCGGAGAACAAGAAGAUUUACCGCAAUCCCGUGCACAAGCCCGACCUCAAGUACAGCUUCGUGCCAGCAAUGGCAAAGGCAGACAUGGAAGGCUACUACUUCCAGCAUGGGACCGAAGACCCCCUUAAAAACGUGAUGUUCUACCCAGUUCCCCACAAGGUGCCCGAUUCACAUCUCCAGCCAAAUUCCGUUCAUGUCGCUUCGAAACCAGAUAAACAAGGGCGUUUUCGCAGAUGGCAAGUGACCCCAUCCACUGUAGCACUGUUUGGGGCACUUUCUAGCGUACACGAGUGCGUACACACUAGUGAGAUUCAUCAAAUUAUCAUAGUAGUUUUGCUCCAAGUCCUGACUACGGCUUACAUCGACGACUUCCACCCGCAAUGUCGACCAGAGUGCAUUACAAAACAACUGGAACUCAUCAACCUUUACCUCGGCCUUACGGGCUGGUGGCGCAGCCCGGAGAAAGACGACCGUCAUCACCGUUUCCAAAAAUCUAUUACGGUUCUAGGGCUUGCUUACGAAAUAAACCCCGUCAACUUGCGCCAUUUCGGGCUGAAAAUCUCGGUUAGCCCAGAAAAGAUCAAUCGAUGUGUGGAAAUGGGAAAAACGCUCUUGCGUCAAUUUGCUGAAAAUCGUGUCGAACUAGCUCUGGUACUAACCUUUCGAGGGCUAUUUCGCCAUUGUGCGUCGCUGGACCGGCUCAAGAUCUUCCUUGCAAAAGGCAUCGACUUCCUCGCCGACAACUUCGCGAGAUGCUUAAGUCAAGCUGCCGAAAGAAGCAGAGCCUUAGCCGCCAUCAAAUUGAUGGUCUGGGCUCUUCAUCGUGUCAAACCACUACGUAUCAACCCGGCGCGAGUUGAUAAACCAGUGGGUCACGCUUAUUCAGACGCCGCAUUAGAAGAUGUGCAAGGCCUCAAUGACAAACUUAAAAGCGGCCAAUUCGAUAAUCUUCAUGAACAUCAAAUGGCUAUUGGCGCCUAUAUUAACCUCCCACAAGGCGCUCGAUUUUUCCGGUUGAAACUGACUUCCCUUCCACGCUUCCUCGCCGGCGAAUAUGUGCACAUUGGCAUUUUGGAAGCGUUAGCGGUGAACGUGUCCACGUUUAUCUGGGCCCACCUUCUUCAAGACUUCUUCCUCAUCCAGCAUGUCGACAAUUUAGGCGACGUUUUCGCGUUAUGCGCGAACAGCACCAGAUGCUCGCGCACGCAGAAGAUUAGCGCUAGUAUCCAUCAGAAGAUACAAGACUACAAUCUCGAUAUUUACUUUACUUGGAUCUGCUCGGCCAGAAACGUAAGUGACCCACUUACGAGGGAAGAACGUUUUCGAGCAUUCAAAGCAUUUUUCGGCCAAGCUAGCGAAGAAAUACUUGAUGAAAAUUUUAUCACCAACAACCCCCACCUAUGGGGCAUCUCUCUAUGAUUCACUUUAGGAAAAAUAUUGCUUUACACUUAUCCACACCUAUAGGACUUCCGAGUCAUAGCGUUGCGAAUGACGAAAACGGAGCCUCCUCGCAGGGGUCCUAAUGGCUCCCCCAGCCACAUUAGAACAUCCAAGAAAAAUCCUACUUUAUCGUGAAAAUUUAUAAAUAAGUGGACCUGUCUGAUCCUAUCUUCUUACAUUAAGGCCACAUAAUUUGUGGUACUAACGUGUUUGGGAUCCCCAGGCAUUGAAGGAUGUUUUAAGAUCCCUGUUUGGCUCUUUGUACCGAGGACACUACGGUGGUCCUAUAAGUUCAACCAAUUAAGGAAUGCGUGAACACGUAGCAGAUCUGCCAGCGGAGUGUUCACCAAGUGAGAGGCGUGAGAAAGAUCAAUGUUAAUUAUCUUGGCUGGUGAAGGUUUGGGAUAAUACCAUUCUUCACUCAGCGCUCUAAGAGAAACAAAAGAUCGUAGAGGAGGCAGAUGAUGACCUAGAAGCGCUUGCUGCACUGCACCAAAACCGCAUUAACAGAAACAAGAUCUUAACAGCGGUGGGAGGGACUCCUGGGUAAUGAGGAAUAUUUUGAAUUUUUAACUAUAAAAAUAUUUGAAUAAUACACAUACAGAUUAUACAAGAACUUCUUAAUGAGUAGUAGCUCGAGGACGAGGAACAUCAUAUUAUGGGCUUCUUAUAACUAUGUCUCUAUCUUCUCGACAACAUCUAGCGCUGCGUUCGGUUCUCUUCUCUGUCAUUUUCCUUUCAAAUUAGCUACCCAUCAUGAUCGAUCUGAUUCUCUGGGCUUCUCCAUCAUGACAACUCAGGGCUUCUCCAUCACCUGGCUCCCCUGGUAGCGCAGGUUCAUCUGGCUCCCCGGAACGGCGAGUAAUUAUGCUGGAGAAAGUGGACCUGAAGAAGAUGGGUCUUAGUGAUCUCAAUCGCUUUGAAUUCCGAAACUGCCGACAUUUAGACGUCUCCCACAACAUUAAGGCUACCGUUGAAGCACCCUCAGCCCCGUCCCUGGCUCCUUUUCUAUCUGUGAGGAAAAGAAGCGAACGAACGAUGGACUCAGGGAUGCGAACACGGUAGCUCUAAAAAGAGAUUAGAAAAGCUGCCGCUUUUAGACUUGCCGAUGCUGACACACGUUGAUGUGUCUCACAAUCUCCUAACGACGACGAAGGGGCUCUUUUUAUGAAGUGUCUGAGGUUUAAUUAGACUGUGGUCGAUUAGAAGCAGUACUCAAAAUAGCAGUACUCAAAAAAAGUUUUUCUGUAGAUGAGAAUUUUCGUGAGAGAGCACUAGUUGUCUCUUUCAAGAAAUUGAAUCCCACGAAAUCAAAGUCUUUUAGUCUACUCAUACAGGUGGGCAUGGGCUGCUGCCGCACCCCCUCAUGUCAAUUAGAAUUUCUAAUACCCCGCCCUCUCCCUCUGCCAUAGUUGAAUCGUUAUAUGAAACUGCUAAUACCGCUCUGCCAAUUGUUAGCUGAGGCUCAUUUUCAGCACAACCAGAUCACACGCGUAGCGCAGAUGGAGACGUUGGAGGACUUGCAUUUUUUGGACCUGUCCGAGAACAAAAUCGAAACCCUUGACGGGAUAAUAUGGCAGCCUUAAUGCGUUAUUUUAGCAACACGUUAUAGAACAGAAUUGUAAUAGAGCAGUACUAGUAGAAUCCAGGCAGCAUGCAUCUAUAACGCGUUGCUGAAAUACCGCUUUAAGCCUGUCAUAGAUAAAGUCUCUGGCAUACAACGCACAGCUUACUGUGCUCCUCCUCAAAGGAAAUCCGGUAGUGGCAAACAGAGACAAAAAAUACUGGCUGGAGAUUGCGAACGUACUUCCUAUUGUGGCAUCUUAUUGUUUUGUGAAGAACAACAACAGCUCUUCAACAGGAGGUACAAGAAGAGGAUAGUUGAAAGGCCUCGAGUGCGGUGUCAGUAUGACACAUAAAAGAGGAUCCAUGACCACAUGACAUUCUUGUCCCUCUAGGGGUUGCUCCUCUUUUGGUUGUCGUGGAAGACUUUUAUCAAAUCCAAAAAACAACCUAAUGAAGAAAAUAACCUCUUUCGACUUCCCAAUUAUUUAAUAUACUUAGUUUCUAAAAGUUCAUUCUUCUGUAACCUUUUAAACAAUUUGAAGCACCCAUGCGGUUGAGAAUGCAGCUAAACCCUGCGGACGGCGGAUCACAUCCUAGUCCUAAUCCCAAUGCAACUACACACAGGUGAUCGGAUCCCGGAAAUUGGAAUUCGUUGACGGGCACAAGCUGUCCUGUAAAGGCAAGAUGUUUACGGAGAAGCAAUCGGAGGUGAGGAAACAGAGUUGGAAAAGACCGUUUUUCUUCGAUCUCGAGAAAAGCAGCGCUUUCACUCUGGGAGAUCCGGGAUUGAGUACAACUUACUUCUAGGGUGGUGCUGCUGCUUCCAUUUAUUGUUUUUGUUUGGGAAGAAGUCGAGGAUUUUUUUAAAAGCUAGAAAGCUGUUGUUAUCUGGUUGAUGUUGUCUGCUUCCGGGUUUAGUUGGAGCGCGUGUAGCUAGUUGGAUUCGGGUUCUAUCCAGUACUAUUUGUACAUAUUUUAUGUCGCUCUGAAUCUGAAGGAUUCUACCCUCACGAAAAAAAUCAAAUUUUUCCACCACGACCUUCAGAAAAUCAUGUCGGGUGGGAGAAUAACCGGCAGGAAUAUACCUCUGGAACGCGAGAGCGACCCCCACCACCCUAUGCUGCGAGUCGCAAGGUUAUGAUGAGUCAGAGGAUUUGAACCAAAAAUUGGAAUUUUUGUAAUAAAUUUUUAACCUCUUAUCAUGCCUCUUCAUCUGUUCCGAAAUGAUCAAGGUCAAGAAAGCCAAUGUAUGAUGAACCGCUCACCCCUUCAGAUCAACCUUCAGAUCUUCCUUUUCUAACCUUCUGAGAGGAUCAUUCAAGAGGGAUCCGGCGAGUCCUUACCGUGUGAAGCAUGAGGAUCCAGUGAUCGACGCGGAGAACGCGAGGUUGGAAGUGGUUUACGGCAAAGAAAAAGGCGGCAAGAAAUGGAUUCGCAGCGUCAUCGCAGCGUAUCGAAAUAUGGACGUGGCAACGAGGAAAGCAUGGGGUAUUAUUGUACUUAUAGAUACUGGAAAAAAAAUACUGGUACGUCUAGUACGUUUUUGUAAAAAGGGGGCUAGGUAUAUGAUUUGGAUUACUCUCAUGAUCUGUGGUUACAAGCCUUCACCUCUCACCAUGGUUGUGGUCGAAACCGCACUAGAAACUUGGUUGUGUGUGAUCGAAAUUGCACUAGAAACUUUUCAGGUAUCAAACAGAGAGCGUAACUACAUCUUCAUCACCGAAUACAACAUGAAACUUCUUCAGUUGACAAACAUUUUCGGAAUAAGAAGAGAGGACUGACGCAAGGUGAGCGGGAUAAACUCGCGAAACGAUUAUGGUCAAUAUCUUUAUUCUCAUGCAUUUUUCUUAGCAUCUCUUCGCUACUACCCUUUUCUUCACCCCAUAGAACAAGAAUAUUACACUGGAAAAGGGGCCGAGAUUAGGCGAUCAUAUUAUGAGUAAUAAGGCUGGCUCUAAAGCGCCACAAGGACAAGCCGCAGGUUCAAAGAGUGCUUCCUGGGGAUGACAAUUCUGAAGAAAAGCUGAAGAAUUGGAUUGACGGUUUGAGGAAGAAAAGCGUGGUCGAACAUCAUACGACUUCUUUCUUAAGGACUUAGUUUUUCACCUCAUCUGAUUCGAUGAAGUGUACUAGCUCUUGGUAAACCUCAUCUGAUUUGAUGAAGAUCAUGUUCUUGGUAAAGAUAGACGACCCCUUCUAGCUACCACUACCACUAGUACCGCUAAAUUCUUCCUACAAACCGAGUGCUAGUACCACUACCACUGGUACCGCUAAAUUCUUCCUACAAACCGCAUGA